AUGGGGGAUGCUGCAGACCCGCGGGAGAUGAGAAGGACGUUCAUUGUUCCAGCCAUCAAACCUUUUGACCACUAUGACUUCUCCAGGGCCAAAAUCGCCUGCAAUCUGGCCUGGCUGGUGGCCAAAGCCUUUGGGACAGAAAAUGUGCCAGAGGACCUUCGAGAACCAUUUUACACAGAUCAGUAUGACCAGGAGCACAUCAAACCACCAGUCGUUAACCUGCUUCUGUCAGCCGAGCUGUACUGUCGUGCCGGGAGUCUCAUCCUCAAGAGCGACGCUGCCAAGCCCCUCCUGGGCCAUGACGCUGUAAUCCAGGCCUUAGCCCAGAAAGGCCUGUACGUCACUGACCAGGAAAAACUGGUAACUGAAAGAGAUCUCCACAAGAAACCCAUACAGAUGGUUCAGGAUAAUUGCAUACCUGCUGUUCCAGACAUUCGUCAUUCCUUUAUGAGUGCACAUUUGGCCAUGAUUGAUACUCUAAUGAUGGCUUACACUGUAGAGAUGGUCAGCAUAGAAAAAGUAAUUGCAUGUGCUCAGCAGUAUUCAGCCUUUUUCCAAGCCACAGAUCUGCCCUAUGAUAUUGAGGAUGCUGUCAUGUACUGGAUAAAUAAGGUAAAUGAACACUUGAAAGACAUAAUGGAACAAGAGCAAAAAUCUAAAGAGCACCACCCCGCCGAAGCCCCAGGAGGUCAGAAGGCUCGUUACCGGAAGGAGCAAACACUGCUUAAGCAACUGCCUUGCAUUCCAUUGGUGGAGAACUUGUUGAAGGACGGGACGGACGGCUGUGCGCUGGCGGCCCUCAUUCACUUCUACUGCCCCGCUGUGGUCCGGCUGGAGGAUAUUUGUUUGAAAGAAACUAUGUCUUUGGCCGACAGUCUGUAUAAUCUCCAGCUGAUUCAGGAAUUUUGCCAAGAAUACUUAAACCAUUGCUGCCAUUUCAGCCUGGAAGAUAUGCUUUAUGCUGCUUCAUCCAUCAAGAGUAAUUAUUUGGUGUUCAUGGCAGAACUCUUCUGGUGGUUCGAAGUCGUGAAGCCUUCGUUUGUGCAGCCUCGUGUUGUCCGUCCACAAGGAGCUGAGCCUGCAAAAGAUGUGCCAUCAGUUCCUGUAUUAAAUGCUGCCAAAAGAAAUGUCCUGGAUAGUUCAUCGAGUUCUGACUUCACCUCUAGAUAUACACGUCCCCAGACUCAUUCUUCAGUCUCAGGAGGAAUUAGAAGGUCUUCAUCGAUGUCUUAUGUUGAUGGCUUCAUAGGAACAUGGCCUAAAGAGAAAAGAACAUCAGUACAUGGCGUUUCAUUUGACAUUUCUUUUGAUAAAGAAGACAAUGCACAGAGCUCCACUCCAAACCGGGGAAUCAUCCGCUCUGUUAGUAAUGAAGGGCUCUCUCUCACCAACAGCCGUGCCUCCAAACACAUUAGGAAAAGCUUGUCCUUCAAGCCGGUGAACGGAGAAGAGGAGGAGAGCAUCGAAGAAGAGCUUCAUGCCGACCCGCACGGGGACCUCCGGUCUCACGUGCCUCUCAGCACCAGUGCACUGAACACUAACGAGAAUACUCACUACAAGCUUCCAAAUGGGGCUCUACAAAAUAGAGUGCUUCUGGAUGACUUUGGGAAUCAGAUAGAAACACCAAGCAUUGAGGAAGCAUUGCAGAUAAUCCAUGAUACUGAAAAACCGCCUCAUACACCGCGGCCAGAUCAGAUCGCUAAUGGCUUCUUUCUUCAUGGUCAAGAUCUGAGUAUCCUGAAUUCAAAUAUCAAGCUAAACCAGUCCAGUCCUGAAAACAUGACUGACACGAAAGGGGCCUUGAGUCCCAUAACGGACACGACAGAAGUCGACACCGGGAUUCACGUUCCUUCAGAAGACAUUCCAGAAACCAUGGACGAAGACUCUUCCUUGAGAGAUUAUACUGUUAGCUUAGACUCCGACAUGGAUGAUGCAUCUAAAUUUCUUCAGGACUAUGAUAUAAGAGCCAGCAACCCCAGAGAAGCCCUGAGUCCUUGCCCAAGUACCAUCAGCACCAAGUCCCAGCCCGGGAGCAGUGCCUCCUCCAGCUCUGGGGUGAAGAUGACCAGCUUUGCUGAGCAGAAGUUCAGGAAGCUGAAUCACACGGAUGGGAAGAGUAGUGGGAGCAGUUCGCAGAAGACGACACCCGAAGGCUCAGAACUGAAUAUUCCUCACGUCGUUUCUUGGGCUCAAAUUCCUGAAGAAGCAGGUGUGGCCCAAAGUCGGGACACUACACAGCUGUUGGCUUCUGAAAUGGUGCACCUUAGGAUGAGACUAGAGGAAAAGAGACGUGCUAUAGAGGCCCAGAAAAAGAAGAUGGAAGCUGCUUUUACCAAGCAGAGGCAGAAAAUGGGAAGGACAGCGUUCCUAACUGUUGUGAAGAAGAAAGGGGAUGGGAUUUCCCCUCUCCGAGAGGAAGCAGCAGGUGCAGAAGACGAGAAAGUGUAUACCGACCGAGCAAAAGAAAAGGAGUCACAGAAAAUAGAUGGACAGAGGAGCAAGUCUCUAGCAGACAUCAAAGAAAGCAUGGAGCAUCCUUCCGGCAGAUGGCUGAAGUCUCCAACCACCCCCGUUGAUCCCGAGAAGCAGUGGAACCUGACAAGCCCUUCAGAGGAGACUUUAAAUGAAGGAGAAAUUCUGGAGUAUACAAAAUCCAUCGAAAAGCUAAAUUCAUCCCUGCACUUUCUACAGCAAGAAAUGCAGCGCUUAUCCCUUCAGCAGGAGAUGUUAAUGCAGAUGCGGGAGCAGCAGUCUUGGGUGAUUUCACCUCCACAACCCUCUCCACAGAAGCAGAUCCGCGAUUUUAAACCUAGACAGGCAGGCCUGUCGUCAGCUGCUGCACCAUUCUCUUCUGACUCCCCACGCCCCACGCAUCCAUCUCCUCAGUCUUCUACCCGGAAGAGCGCAUCUUUUUCUGUUAAAAAUCAAAGGACUCCAAGGCCAAAUGAAUUAAAAAUCACUCCUUUGAAUCGCACCUUGACACCUCCUCGGUCUGUGGAUAGUCUUCCUCGGCUAAGGAGGUUUUCCCCGAGUCAGGUUCCCAUCCAGACGCGGUCAUUUGUGUGUUUCGGUGAUGAUGGAGAGCCCCAGAAAGAGCCCAAACCAAAAGAGGGGGUUCAAAAGGACCCCUCAGAGUGCAAAGAGGGGGUUCAAAAGGAGCCCUCAGAGUGCAAAGCAACUUUGGGAUCUUGCGACCACAAUCCUGGGGAGAAGGAGAUUAAACCUGUCGAAUCAACAGUGUCUGAGGUGUUGUCCCAGCCCAUCACAGAGACUGUGUGUGUGACACCAAAUGAGGACCAACUGAGUCAGCCCAUAGAGCCACCUCCUAAACCCGCUUUCCCACCUACUGCUCCUAAAAGUGUCAAUCUGAUUGAAGUUUCUCUAUCCGAUUUAAAACCCCCUGAAAAGGCUGAUGUGUCUGUUGAGAAGUUGGAUGGAGAGAGUGAUAAGGAGCAGUUUGACGAUGACCAGAAAGUGUGCUGUGGCUUCUUCUUUAAGGAUGAUCAGAAGGCAGAAAACGAUAUGGCAAUGAAACGGGCAGCUUUGCUGGAGAAACGGCUGAGAAGGGAGAAGGAGACGCAGCUUCGGAAGCAGCGGCUGGAAGCGGAAAUGGAGCACAAGAAAGAAGAGACGAGACGGAAAACUGAAGAAGAGCGUCAGAAGAAAGAGGACGAGCGGGCGCGGCGAGAGUUCAUCAGGCAGGAGUACAUGAGGCGGAAGCAGCUGAAGCUGAUGGAGGACAUGGACACAGUCAUCAAGCCUCGACCGCAGGGGGUGAAACAGAAGAAACCGCGGCCAAAAUCUAUUCACAGAGAUCACAUCGAAUCUCCCAAAACACCAGUCAGAGGCCCUCCAGGAUCACGAAUUUACCGUGUUUUUUCAGUCUCUAGCCUCUCUUUGGCAUCGCUGAACACAGGUGAUAACGAGAGUGUUCAUUCAGGCAAGCGGACGCCGAGGUCAGAGUCUGUAGAAGGCUUCUUAUCGCCAAGUCGUUGUGGCAGUCGGAAUGGCGAGAAAGACUGGGAAAAUGCAUCCACAACUUCUUCAGUGGCUUCUGGAACAGAAUACACAGGACCAAAGCUUUACAAGGAACCUAGUGCAAAAUCCAAUAAACACAUAAUACAGAAUGCUUUAGCUCAUUGCUGUUUGGCUGGAAAAGUAAAUGAAGGUCAGAAGAAAAAAAUAUUAGAGGAAAUGGAGAAGUCGGACGCCAACAACUUCCUAAUCUUGUUCCGGGACUCAGGCUGCCAGUUCAGGUCUUUGUAUACGUACUGCCCAGAAACUGAAGAAAUCAAUAAACUGACUGGGAUAGGUCCUAAAUCUAUCACUAAAAAGAUGAUUGAGGGACUUUACAAGUACAAUUCUGACAGAAAACAGUUUAGCCACAUACCUGCUAAAACGUUAUCUGCUAGUGUGGAUGCGAUUACCAUUCAUAGCCACUUAUGGCAGACCAAAAGACCAGUAACACCCAAAAAACUCUUACCUACUAAAGCAUAGGCAGCAGGAGAUGCUUGCUUCAGAACCUUUGUGGUAAAUUUGUACUUCGUCUUUCCUGCCUCUAGAAAAUCUUUCUAAUUGCCAACAAGAUUUUUAUCAAUUAAAACUGGACCUUAACUCUGUUGUUGUGAACAACUGGAAUGUAAUCGCAGUAUUUGGAAUGCAGAAGAUUCUUACUAGGUGAUAAGUCCACGUGAUGAAGGAAAUGUUUUGAUUCACAAGCAGAGGUUUGUGUGUUGCCAGGUUCACCUGCCUGUGCUAGAGAACUUGAAGCACUGAGUCGCAUGGACAUGGUGGGACAUGGGCUUGAGGUGCGGCUAGAUGACAAUUAUGUGUUGUAUUUGUUUUAACCCUGAACUGUGUGCACAUCUUUAAAUGGAUUUGUUGUUGUUGUUCCUGCUCUCUCUCCUGGGGGUUAUUCUAAGCUGCCUUUGUGUUUGUUUUAUAUGGAGAUCAUGAAAGUAGAAAGUUCCCAUUGAGAAGCAAUUCGCACCUUUCAUAUGAUGUAAAGAGAAACACUAGUGUUUGUUUUUUAGUAGCCCUCAUGUUCUGAUGGUGUUACAGCGUUUGCAAGAAUCCUUCUAAGUAUUUACAUUCUGUAUUUAUUAUCCACACAAGUAUUAACGUUUCUCUAUUAGUUAGGAGGUGUUGUAAAAGCUGCUGCUGGGUUCCCUGCAGACCAUACAAGCUAGCCCAGAAAUCCUGUAAGAAGCUGCUGAUGAAAUCAGUGCCGUUCUAUACCACUUCUGGCCAACUCAGAAUAAAUUAGAUUGUACUUCUAACAACAACAACAACAACAAAAUACCACUUUCUAUUUCUGUAUAAGUACGUCACUUUAUAAGCUGGCAGAAGUGGGUGACACCUGAGUGUUACCUUUCAGUAUGAAAAUGCAGGCUUCCUGGGCAGCUCAGGAGGCCUUUAUAUUUAUAACCGAUAGAGAAAUUAUAUUUAGAAUUUUUAAACAUGCACAAAGGGCUACAUUUUGAUUUGAAAGUAGCUUCAUGUUAUUUUACUUAUACUGAGUUUUCUUUCUUUUUAUUCCUUUUCCAGUGGAACAGCUUAGAUUAAGGACACACUUGAAAUCUCCUCUAUACGAUCUUUCUUCUUUAGCAAGCAUACCAGAUGGUUAGUUGGGGAAAAACUUUAUUCUCAGGAAAAGACUUGAAUGAUUGAUUGUGUGGCCCUUUUAUGUUUCAGUGUUGUGACAACCGUGUACACUAGUGGGGAAGACAGUGUUUAUGAGUGAGAGAGUAGUUUGUUUUCUUUCAUGGGAUAUAGAGAUGAAAUAUGUACAUUUCUCUAAUUAAGUUCUUUGGAGAGGGAACUCAUGUCUCACGUGAUGUAUUUACUUAUUUAAAAAGAAGAAUGGAAUGGGAAGUCCCUGAGCUGUACUUUUCUAUUAUAAAGCCUUUAGGAAUCAGUGCAUCUGGGUUUUCAACAUUUUCUCAAAUGCUGUCAAUAUUUUACUGUAAUUUAUGUUCUUAUAUUUAUGUAUAUUUGUUAAAACUGUAAAAAAAUUUUCACAGAUUUUUUUCCAAUACCUGUGCAAAAUGUAUGUGUAGCUCAAAACUAUUUGUGAUCUACUGCUUGCAUGUGAGAGACCAGGAUAUGUAACUCUUAUAUUUUAAAUGUAUACAUACUGUGUAUAUAUAAAUAUUAAAAAUGGGGAAUUUCACAUUUUACCUUUCAGACACCAAUUUUUAUCACAAUUAGAAAGAAAUGGGCAAACAAAGACAUCCUUAGGAUAAGACUAGUUUAAAAGUUAGAAACAAACUUAAUCAAAACAAGUGAAUUAUAGACAAAGGAAUUUAAUAAGCAUUUUUUAUUACUAACCAAGGUCUUUUCCCUACCAAAGCGGUCUCCUUGCUGUCACCUGAGUAUUGAAUAAAGAAAAGUCAGAUGCAGGACCCUGACAGGACUCUGAACACUGGCCUGCCUAUCUCCGUUCUUACAUCUGUAUAUCCAGCAGCCGAGCGAAUGUCUGGUGUCCACAGGUGUGAUGUGAAUAUUGCCACAAAGUCCACUGCUCUCAGUAUAAGAUUUUACUUUAUUAAUGCAAGAGGAAUACAGAUAUAUUUCUUUAGUCUGCAGAUUUUUUUAUUAUGGUGCAGCUUUUUAAAUUAUGUUUUAAAAUUAUACAAAUGAAAAUAUGCCAUUCCAUAAAGUUUGGAGAUUUCCAUCAACCUUACUGAAACACAAGCGUUGUCAUCGUUGGAGGUCAAAUUACCAUGGUAACUACUCUGUUAAAUUUGCCAAAUCCUUAUCAUGGUAACCAGCGUAGCCUGUCAACUUCUGCUACUUACCACAGCUUCUCAAGCUUUCCUCUCAGUUUCUCAGUUUGUUUUAGAAGGACUAUUGUUUUUAUUUGGCUGCUUAAAGCCAUCGUCCCCUUCUUGGAUGUGACUCAUGGGCACUGUUGGGCAGUGUGCAGUGUGUGGCGUGCUUCCUGUCCACUCCAGAGCGCUGCAGACGGGCCGUGCUGUCAGGCUUGCUUGUUCCUGGUGCGGUGUAGUUCCCUUUUAUUUGAAUAAAAGCAUGGCACCAACUGACGCCGAUUCUUCAAUAAAGUGUGUGUUGUCUUGUC